CACAGUAAGUUUUGCAGCUAUGCUCCACAGGACUCCAGGAAACAUAGUUCUGGCGAUGCUGCUUACAGACCCAGGUUUUUUGUUGUUUUGUGAAUCUACAAUAAUCAACAAUGGAACAGUACGCCUUGUCAAUGGCAAUGAUCGUUGUUCAGGGACAGUGGAAGUUCAUCUCUCAGGGCAGUGGGGGACCGUGUGUGAUGAUGACUGGGACACAAAUGAUGCCAGUGUUGUGUGCAGGAUGUUGGGCUGUGAGGGAGUCAAAGAGGCUCCUGGAUCAGCUAGAUUUGGGAGCGGUGAAGGAACGAUCUGGCUGGAUAACAUGCAGUGCUCUGGAUCAGAAACUUCCCUACUAGACUGUCAACAUGGAGGUCUGGGGACGCACAACUGUAACCAUGGCGAGGAUGCUGGAGUCAUAUGUUAUGAUAUACCAAGCAAUGUAACAGUUUCAGUAAAUUUGCCUGGUGAAAUAAUGGAGGGCAGUUCGGUCACUCUGAUCUGCAUCAGCGAAGCCAAUCCACCAGUGUAUAACUACACCUGGUUACAGACGAAAGGAGGGAUAAUCUCUGAGAUAGCAACGCAGCAAAAUUACACCAUGAACCACGUUACUCUUGAAGAUAGCGGCCACUACUUCUGUGUGGCACAGAACACACUUGGAAAUCGAAAUUCUUCAGGAUUGUUUGUGGAUGUUCAAUAUCCUCCAAAGCACACUGUUGUGACAAUUAACUCUCCUGGAGCAAUAGUGGAGGGAGAUUCAGUAUCUUUAACCUGCAACAGCAAUGCCAACCCCCCGGUUCACAAUUACACCUGGUACAAGAUCAGCGAAAGUGGUCCCAUCCAGAUGGAAAGGAGGCUAAUGUUUAAUUCAGUUGGUUUAAGGGACAGUGGACAGUACUACUGUUUAGUAAGAAAUAAACAUGGAGAGCAUCGAUCUUGCCCUGUAGCUCUCAUUGUGCUUGCGAAAUCUAAGAUGGCUUUAGCCCUUGGUUUACUGGUGGUAGUGAUGGCACUCCAAACUUUUGCACUUGUCUGUUAUGUCAAGAGGAGAACAAUGGGGAUCCGUGAUAAGAUGGGGCUAACGAGAGGAGAUAAAAGAUACAGCCUCACAGAGACUCAAGCCACAGACUCACUGUAUUACACACCAGGCUCUUAAUGUGACACUUUCUGUCCCUCUCUUUUGUCUUUGACUGUGAAAAAAGCAGACAGAGACCAGCAUGAACCCCAAGACAUGGAUCGUUUUAUGGAACAUA